GAUCGAUAUCAGUAAAGCGACAAAAUUCAAGUUCAGACGAUUUUAAUUUAGAUUAUCAGAGCAUACAUACUGUGGCGUGGCUAUGGUUUUGUCCAGAUUGUCAUCCUUAGCGUUAUCAAAGCAUUCAGGCCCUCUAUUCCAACAGAAAUUGAAAUCUUCAACACAUCAAGGUGGAGCAGUUAAAUGGAUGGUGGAUAAUUAUCCUGUUACUUUCCUAGCAUCACUUGUUGGAGGAGGCGUAGUUGUCAUGCUAACGUACACAGCAGUUUGCCUGUUGAAGAAUCCUGACCUUUACCUGCCUGUAUAUGACAGAAUUCCACGUCACGAGCAUUAUUUCAAUAAGCAUUAUUUUGGUGCAAGAACACCAGAAAAAUUAGACUUUGUACCUCCAGUUAGAAUGCACUAUGAUGGAGCUUUGGAAUUACCGUAUGAAGAUGGAAAGAAAGUGUAUCCUGAGAGUCAGUAAAAUGCACUGGGAAUUUGUAAUAAAUUUUGUGGACUUCGAGGUUAGUCGUGAACAUUGUUCACCUAUCAGGAAAUUAGUAUGUAUUGUAUCAUAGAUUAUAAAGUAUAUUGUUCUUAUGUCUGUUGUUCUAAUUUUGACAUUUGUUAGAAUAAAAUCUA